AGUUCCCACAGCAGCACAGGUGAGCUCUCCUGAGGACCUCUCUGUCAGCUUCCCUGAUUGUAGGGAGGAUCCAGUGUGGCAGGAAACUCCUCCAGCCCAGCAAGGAGCUCAGGAUGUUCCUGAAGGCCGUGGUCCUGACCCUGGCCCUGGUGGCUGUCACCGGAGCCAGGGCUGAGGUCAGUGCUGACCAGGUGGCCACGGUGGUGUGGGACUACUUCAGCCAGCUGAGCAACAAUGCCAAGGAGGCCGUGGAACAUCUCCAGAAAUCUGAACUCACCCAGCAACUCAAUGCCCUCUUCCAGGACAAACUUGGAGAAGUGAACACUUAUGCAGGUGACCUGCAGAAGAAGCUGGUGCCCUUCGCCACCGAGCUGCAUGAACGCCUGGCCAAGGACUCGGAGAAACUGAAGGAGGAGAUUCGGAAGGAGCUGGAGGAGGUGAGGGCCCGGCUGCUGCCCCAUGCCAAUGAGGUGAGCCAGAAGAUUAGGGACCACGUGGGAGAGCUGCAGCAGCGCCUGGAGCCCUAUGCGGAUCAGCUGCGCACCCAGGUCAACACGCAGGCGGAGCAGCUGCGGCGCCAGCUGACCCCCUACGCACAGCGCAUGGAGAGAGUGCUGCGGGAGAACGCCGACAGCCUGCAGGCCUCGCUGAGGCCCCACGCCGACGAGCUCAAGGCCAAGAUCGACCAGAACGUGGAGGAGCUCAAGGGACGCCUUACGCCCUUCGCGGACGAAUUCAAAGUCAAGAUUGACCAGACCGUGGAGGAGCUGCGCCGCAGCCUGGCUCCCUACGCUCAGGACGCGGGGGAGAAGCUCAACCACCAGCUUGAGGGCCUGGCCUUCCAGAUGAAGAAGAACGCCGAGGAGCUCAAGGCCAGGAUCUCCGCCAAUGCCGAGGAGCUGCGGCAGAGGCUGGCGCCUUUGGCCGAGGACGUGCAUGGCAACCUGAGGGGCAACACCGAGGGGCUGCAGAAGUCACUGGCAGAGCUGGGUGGGCACCUGGACCGGCAGGUGGAGGAGUUCCGGCGCCGGGUGGAGCCCUACGGGGAAAACGUCAACAAAGCCCUGGUGCAGCAGAUGGAACAGCUCAGGCAGAAGCUGGGCCCCCAUGCGGGGGACGUGGAAGGCCACUUGAGCUUCCUGGAGAAGGACCUGAGGGACAAGGUCAACUCCUUCUUCAGCACCUUCAAGGAGAAAGAGAGCCAGGACAAGACUCUCUCCCUCCCGGAACUGGAGCAGCAGCAGGAACAGCAGCAGGUACAGCAGCAGGAACAGCAGCAGGAGCAGGUGCAGAUGCUGGCCCCUUUGGAGAGCUGAGCUGCCCCUGGUGCACGGGCCCCACCCUCGCGGACACCUGCCCUGCCCUGCCACCUGUCUGUCUGUCUGUCCCAAAGAAGUUCUGGUAUGAACUUGAGGACACAUGUCCAGUGGGAGGUGACACCACCUCUCAAUAUUCAAUAAAGCUGCUGAGAAUCUAGCCUC